AUGGUCCGUGGAGUCGAGGGAAACGAGAUGUCUACACCUCGCCCUUCCCAGAAAAAGCAGCAACCGUCGGGCUCCCAAUCGGCGAAGAAUCAAAAGUCCAUCCUCGGCUUCUUCCAAAAGAAGUCGACCAACUCGCCCAGUCCCGCGCCGUCUCAACCCACGCCAGCGAAGCAGACACCCACACCCACGUUGUCGAAAAAAUCGUUUUCGAGACCACCUCCUUCGCUCACACCAGUCCCCAGCAGCGAUGCACUUGAGCUCUCAAGUCCGACACGGCAGGACGAGGAAGACACUCCAGUAGCAACAGGAAGGAGCAAAGAGAACGAGGUUGCAGGUGUUGCCCUCAGUAGUCCCUCGCGCAAGGGUAGAAAAGCAGUCAAUUAUGCCGAGUCUGAUGAGGACGAGGAUGACGUGCUUGGACCGAUUGCGAACAACUCGAGAGCAAGGGCUACAAAGCGGCAGAGGGUGAGCGUUGAUGAUGACUCGGACGAUGAAUUUGGCCUAGAUGCUGCAACGCAGCAGGCCAUGAUUGAAGAUGAUGUUGAUGACUUUAUUGCACCGGACGACUCCGAGGAGGAGUUGGUCUCCAAGAAGCGUAAGCGACCGAUGUCCUCCAAGCCUAGCACCAAAGCCACACCUGCGUCUUCUCCGCCACAAGUCAAAAUUUAUAAGGAAAAAGAAGGAGAGGACGAGGACGAUAUUGCCAUGACUGGCACCUCAACGGCGCAGCAGUGGGUUUACGAUCCCGACAACCCUAUGCAACCAAAGCCUCGCACAGCAACCCAAGACACGAAGAAGAGGCCUAAGUUGAAGGAGCGACCGUCUGCCUCCGAGCCAGAGAAGCGAUACCCGUGGUUAGCAAACAUGCAGGAUGCUGACCGAAACCCGUCGGACCAUCCUGAUUACGACCCACGCACGUUGUACAUCCCACCUAAUGCUUGGAACCUGUUCUCACCAUUUGAGAAGCAAUACUGGGAGAUCAAGUGCAAAUUUUGGGACUCGAUCGUGUUCUUCAAGAAGGGCAAGUUCUACGAGCUUUACGAAAAGGACGCUUCUGUCGGCCAUCAGCUCUUUGAUCUCAAGCUGACCGAUAGGGUCAACAUGAGGAUGGUUGGUGUACCGGAAGCAUCGCUGGACAUGUGGGCCAGUCAGUUCGUGGCGAAAGGCUACAAAGUCGCUCGUGUAGACCAGAUGGAGUCAGCUCUGGCCAAAGAGAUGCGUGAGCGCGGCGGCGACAAGAAGAGUGCCCCUAAGAAAGCAGACAAAGUCAUCCGUCGCGAGCUGGCUUCUGUCCUCACAUCUGGUACGCUCGUGGAUACUGGCAUGCUUCAAAACGAAAUGUCGACGUAUUGCAUGGCCGUGAAGGAGAUAGAUCGCGAUGGUCUUCCUGCAUUUGGAGUUGCGUUUGUCGAUACCGCAACGGCUCAGUUCCAAUUGUGCGAGUUCACUGACGAUGUCGACAUGACCAAGUUCGAGACGCUCAUCGCCCAGAUGCGGCCUGGUGAACUCCUCAUCGAGAAGUCUUGCAUUUCUGCGAAAGCCUUACGAAUCCUCAAGAACAACACCCCGCCAACGACUCUUUGGAACUCCUUGAAGCCUACAAAGGAGUUUUGGCCUGCCGACAUCACGAUCCGUGAAAUCGAAGUCAACAAGUAUUUCGAAUCACCCACAGAAGACAACAUUGAAGCCUGGCCGCCAGUACUCCGCGAAGCACGAGAGCAAGAUCUAGUGAUGUCGUCUUUCGGUGCCCUUCUACAGUAUUUGCGUACUUUGAAGAUCGAACGCGAUCUCAUUACAUUGGGCAAUUUCCAAUGGUACGAUCCUAUCCGGAAAGCCACAAGUUUAGUGCUCGACGGCCAGAGCUUGAUCAACCUGGAGAUAUUUGCUAACAACUUCGACGGUUCGGCCGAGGGCACAUUGUUUGCUAUGCUGAACCGAUGUAUUACUCCUUUUGGCAAACGACUGCUGAGGCAAUGGGUUUGCCAUCCUCUCGCUGACGCAACGAAGAUCAAUGCUCGUCUCGAUGCAGUUGAUGCUCUCAAUGCCGACUCGACCAUUAUAGACAAUUUCAGUUCUUCGCUUAGCAAGCUGCCUGACCUGGAGCGCCUGAUCUCGCGUGUCCAUGCCGGUCGCUGCAAGGCCCAAGAUUUCCUCAAAGUUCUUGAGGGCUUUGAGCAGAUCGAAUACACCAUCAGCCUGCUCAAGCAAUUCGGUGAUGGGCAAGGUGUCAUUGGACAGCUGAUCACGUCGAUGCCUAACCUCGCAGGCGCACUGGAACAUUGGAAGACUGCCUUCGACCGCGACCUUGCUAAGUCAGAGGGUACUCUUGUCCCGGCUCCUGGAGUGGAGGAAGACUACGAUGAGAGCCAGAAGAUCAUCGACGAAUGCCUUGCCGACCUCGAAACAUUACUGAAGAAAGUUCGCAAAGAUCUUGGCAACAGCUCCAUCUGCUACCGCGACAAUGGCAAGGAGAUCUAUCAACUCGAAGUACCAAAAAAGACCAAGGUUCCUAAAACUUGGGAUCAAAUGUCAGCAACUGCGAAGGUCACGAGAUACUACUCGCCAGAGCUUCGGAAGCUUGUUCGGGCCCUACAGGAGGCUACAGAAACGCACAGUCAGAUUACCAAGGAGGUCGCUACCCGCUUCUGUGCGAAGUUCGAUGAGGACUAUGCGAUCUGGCUUGCAGCUGUCAAGAUCAUAGCGCAGCUUGACUGCCUGAUCAGUCUAGCUAAAGCAUCCGCCUCCCUCGGUGAGCCCAAUUGUCGACCAGUCUUCACAGACGACAAGCGCUCGGUUGUGGAAUUUGAGGAGCUCCGUCACCCAUGCAUGCUCAACACUGUUGAAGACUUCAUCCCUAAUGACAUCAGAUUGGGCGGAGACUCGCCGAACAUCAGUUUACUGACAGGUGCAAACGCGGCAGGUAAAUCGACCAUUUUGAGAAUGACAUGCAUUGCGGUCAUUCUUGCUCAGGUCGGGUGCUACUUACCUUGCACUUCUGCGACGCUCACACCUGUGGAUCGCAUCAUGUCGCGUCUCGGAGCCAACGACAACAUCUUUGCGGCUCAGUCCACGUUCUUCGUCGAGCUCUCUGAAACACAAAAGAUUCUCUCCGAAGCAACUCCACGCUCUCUUGUCAUUCUCGACGAGCUCGGUCGUGGUACAUCUUCUUACGAUGGUGUAGCAGUCGCGCAAGCUGUUCUUCAUGACAUUAGCACACGUGUUGGCUGUGUCGGCUUCUUCGCUACGCAUUACCGCUCUCUGGCCAAGGAAUUUGAAACGCACCCCGAAGUCAUCAACAAGCGCAUGCGCAUCCACGUAGAUGGCGACUCGAAGUCAAUCACCUUCCUGUACAAGCUGGAAGAGGGCGUUGCUGAAGGCAGCUUCGGUAUGCAUUGUGCAGCCAUGUGCGGCAUUCCGAGCAAGGUCAUCGAGAACGCCGAGAAAGCUGCGCGUGAAUGGGAACACACUUCCAGACUCGGUGAGCGUAUGGAAGUCAAAAAAGAGGAGGGCGGCGUGUACGUACCUCUAGGCGUGCAAAGCGAUGUGGCAUGGGCGCUGCGUGAGGGCCUCGAGGGUGUUGGUGACCGCACUCUCGACGUGCUGCUCGAGGCCAUUGCUGCCUUGUAG